AUGUCGUUUCCGCGCCUUGCAGACUUGCCCCAAGGUCAUCUCCAUACUCCGCAAUCCGCAGUAACACACGGCAGUCGGCACCCUAUUGCCGUCCCCAUCACCUGCGAAUCGGCUCUUUUUGGCUCUGUUCAGGCCGACACCGUUGAGCGAGUAUUGCGUGCUAUCGACCUGCAUCUGCUGCACUCUACCCAAACGAGGCGGCCUUCAUCGGUGAAAGACGUCGUGGGCAUGCUGAAGCUACGUAGACAUGGACUUACUACUCCUCGAAAAGCUGAUCAGUCGCACCCUAACGUCCUAUCCUCAUCCAUGGCGGGAGACAGGCAGUCCGUCGCAAUUGGGGGAACGAGUAGGCACAAGUCCAGCCCGGACGAGACUAGCAUGGCUGCGGGGUGCGUGGAUCAGAAUCCAGAUGGCUCUUAG